GUGGGUCGGCCCCGGGUCGGUCCGGGCGUUGCGGGAUCAGGGCCUGGGAUCUGUCGGCCCCGGGCAGCUGAGGAGCCCUUGACCCGGCGGAGCGGCGCCAUCCCGGCCCUGAGGCCUGCCGACCGGCAGACACCGAGCAGCGACCCGGAGCGGCGGCGGGCGGCCCCGGGCAUGUACGCCCCCGGAGGCGCAGGGCUGCCCGGCGGGCGGCGGCGGCGGAGCCCGGGAGGCAGCGCUCUGCCCAAGCAGCCGGAGCGGAGCCUGGCCUCGGCCCUGCCGGGCGCCCUGUCCAUCACGGCGCUGUGCACCGCCCUCGCCGAGCCCGCCUGGCUGCACAUCCACGGCGGCACCUGUUCCCGCCAGGAGCUGGGGGUCUCCGACGUGCUGGGCUACGUGCACCCCGACCUCCUGAAAGACUUCUGCAUGAAUCCCCAGACAGUGCUGCUUCUGCGAGUCAUUGCAGCCUUCUGCUUCCUGGGGAUCCUGUGCAGCCUGUCUGCCUUCCUUCUGGAUGUCUUUGGGCCCAAGCACCCAGCCCUGAAGAUCACCCGUCGCUAUGCCUUUGCCCACAUCCUCACAGUCCUGCAGUGUGCCACCGUCAUCGGCUUUUCCUACUGGGCUUCUGAGCUCAUCCUGGCCCAGCAGCAGCAGCACAAGAAGUACCACGGCUCCCAGGUCUACGUCACCUUUGCUGUUAGCUUCUACCUGGUGGCGGGGGCUGGUGGAGCCUCAAUCCUGGCCACGGCAGCCAACCUCCUGCGCCACUACCCUACAGAGGAAGAGGAGCAGGCACUGGAGCUGCUGUCUGAGAUGGAGGAGAACGAGCCCUACCCAGCAGAGUAUGAGGUCAUCAACCAGUUCCAGCCGCCCCCGGCCUACACGCCCUAAUGCCAGCUGCUGGGGUUCUUCUCAGCUCCUCCCCCAACUGCAGCUCCGUUCACUCCCAGAGUUGUUCCUUUUCCCCAGCAGACCUCACUGGUAGCACCCCGAGCGUCUUCUCCCAGCCUUCCCCAGGAGAGACUCUGCCUUUGGGUUGUUCAUCUACCCCUGCUCCUGAAGCCGGGGUGCAUGGAUUUGGUGGGAUGCACUAUUCCCCACUUGCACCUUCCUCUCCCUCACAUUCAGUAAUCAUUACCAACCAGGGAUGGUCAUACAGCUUUCUCCCUUCAUGGAUCGUAUCUUUGGGACUGGAACCCCUGCGGGACCACUGACAGUGCACAGUCCCAGAUAGACGUGUCAGCGGGGUGCGAGGGAAAGGGGGUUGUGCACUGCAGGCUGGCUUCAGAAGGGUUAGUGUGUCUUCCACAGCCGUAGUUCUGGGCUGACCACCCUUUUCCUUCUCGGGGUGCCCCAGUACCAGGCCACCCACUCUGCGGAGUUCUCUGCACUUUAGUCUUUGGACUUGCUGUCACGUGUGUUCUUGUUUUAUGGGGAGAAUGAAUUGCUGUUGGUAAGCGGGGCAGUUGCUGUCCCCACCCUGCCCUUGCUUUGUGUGGCUGGAGCCCCAGCAAGAAGAGCAGGAUGUGGCAUGAGACUGAGGCCCUCUGGUGCCUACCACGGAUCAGAGUGAAGGUGAUAAAAUCUUCCCAGCCCUUUCACCCUUUAAAAUGGGGAUGGUUUUAAAAGGAAAAAACAAAACCAAGCGACAGCAUUACUCUCUUUUUAAAAUAGGGACAAGGCUGUUGUCAUUUUCCAGAAACUUCUCCCGUUCCUUUUGGCUCUGCAAUAGUUUGGGCCUGAGUUCCUCCCAAGCCCAUGAGAGUUCCUCCUGAGCCUCCCCUAGCAGAAUGCAGCCCUCUUCCCCUGCCCCUCCCUCCCCAGUGCCUGCAGUGCCCUGGGGCUUCCCUAUGGAAUCUAGAGCCCCGUUGCCCCUCCUAGGGGCCGAGGACUGUGUGGCCUGGCUGGCUGGCCAGCAUGGUGCUCCUCAGGACCAUGGCACUGAGAUGUAACCUGGCUUCAGUUGAGGAACAGGGGCCACAGUGUGGCGGGGAAAACCACCACUCUCUGCACGGGAACCACACCACUGGGACCCAAUCGCCUGAGGCUUCAGAGCUGCCUGGUCAGACUAGCAGACCUGGCUGUGUGCUCAGGCUCAGCACGUCACCCAGACUGUAACCUGGGGCUACAGCUUGCUGCAUGCCCCCUCCCCUUCUCGAAUGUACUCUGGUCUUGCCACGUGCUACCAGCUCUUUCUUGCCCAGCCGUCACUCUGGUGACCCACAUGUGGCUCGGAGUCUGACCAGAUUGUCCACCCUGAGAUCUGGGACAUGAAAAGGGUGAAACUUGAGAGUCUUUCUGUGUGAGUUCAGAGGGCCAGACUGCCCUCGGUCAAUUACUGGCUUUGGAAUCUGUGUCCAGUGCUGAGCUGAGAAGGGGACAGAUCCCAGCCACUCCCCACCCCUGAGGCCAUGAGACAGUGAGACUGGAGAAUGGAUGCCACUGUCGAGCUGUGCUGGAAAGGGGCUGUCUUGUCAUUCCAGUGUCCCUAUCUGUCUUCAGCCAGACUGACAGCAGGCAUCCGGACAGACAGGCUGGGAGGGUGGUGAAGGCAUGGCCUCACACGAGUGAGCGGCUACCCAGAGUUCACUGCUAUGGUGCCAGCACGUCCCAAGUGACUCUCACACUCCAAGACUUUCUCCUCAGCAAGAAAGACCGCUGUGUAACCCCAGAGCACAAAGCAAGGAGUAUAUUACGCUUGUCUUCUCUUAAGUAUCCAGUUUGUCAUCGGCAGGUUUCUGAGAUGUGGCCAGCUCCCUCUGACCAUGGGUGUCUGAGCAGGCAGGCCAGGAGACUGGGCGCUGAACCCGCAUGCCAAAGUGACCGGUCAUCUCAUGAGGACUUGGACAUGACCCUGUGGGCCGUUCCACGUGAUUCGGAACCCACUUUUUAUUACCUUCCUGUGCCUCUGGCCUUUCUCUUUCUCCAUAUCAUCCUGACUUGGAUAGUUUGUCAUAUAAAUUCCCCUGGUUGUGUUUUGUUUUUUUUUUUCUAGAAAAUAAUUAAAAAACAAAAAAACAAACUACAAAUAAGAAUGUAAAUGUCAAUGGCUCACUGUCAUUUUUCUGUCACGGUUUUCCUGAUUUGGUUUAUUCUCUUUUCAGAGAGAGCAGGAGAAAUUGAUGAGGAUUGUAACUAAUAAAAAGUUACUGCCUUUCCCCUAGAGAACAGGGGAAUUGACGAGGCUUGUGCUUAAUAAAAAGAAAGGAAGGAUUUGCACGUGUCUCCUCCGUACACAGCCGUCACCUGCCUGAGCCCACUCAUCCUGACAGCCUCAGAGUCCACAGCCAGGGCCCACAGUUAGGAACUGUCCAUGGACAACUGCUGCCCAAGUCCUUGACUUCAGACCCUAGCACUUCUCUCUGCAGCCCUGCUUAGCUGCAGAGGCAAGAGCUGCUCCUGAGUGCCAGGCAUCACAGGAAGACAGACACCUCUUUGGGGCCAGCCCUUGCAGAAGAAACUGCACUUCCUUUUGAAACCACAGGGAAUGGUACUUACUGGGAGGGGCAUGUGAGGGGGAGGUUUCCUGUGUGACUUCCAGAAAAGCUCCACAGGGUCAAUGCCAGGCCCAGGGCAUUCUUGCGUUCUCUACACUCAUUCACACAUUCAGCCCACACACUGAGCCCCAAAUGUGUGUCAGGGUAAAGGCUUAGGGCUCCCUUUGGGGAGCAGCCCACUUAGGUGUUGUUUUUUUUCUUUUAUUCCUGGAAAGAGUACACAUCUUGAGAGCUGGGGGUGUGUUCUCAUUUCAGACAUUUAUAGAGGUCACCUUGGGCUAUGUAGAAAGAACUUUUGGGCUUUAUGAGAGAAGUAUGCCUGGCGAGGGGGGCCCGUCUCCAAGGAUGUCCUGUGCCUAGUUGAGAUGAGAGCUCACACUUGGCUCCAUGAACAGGCAGGAUGAGGUAAGUGGUCUGCUGGACAUCUGGGGCAAGUGCUGUGGGUGCCAGGAGGGGAGGCUGCUUUUCACCUGAGUGAUCUGAAAGGCUUUAUGAGGUGGGCGUGGAGGUGGCAGGGAAAUAGCAAGAGGAGAAACACAGCUGGUGGUGGGUGAGGAGCGCCCACCUAAGGCAUUGGUCCUCACAGGAGUAGUAGGGAGCUCUGGAAGGAUUUUGAGAAGGGAAGGGAGCGUCCCAGCUUUAUUCAGUGAUGAUGGCUGAUGUCAAGAAUGGUCUGAAAAAGCAUCAGCCUAGAGGGGUUCAAGGAACCAAGGUAAUUCAGCAGCUCACAUGACAGGGUACGGGCUCUAAAGGGCAACAAGGAGAGGAUCUUGGGGAAUAGAUGAGGUAGUUUCUUCUGGGUGGAGGGCGGUUUUCUUAAGAUAACUGGAGAAGCUUUUCAGCUGAUAUCUAACCACAGAUGUCAACACUAAGCCGCUGCGCUAAUGGGACACAGGUUAUGUGGGAAGACACAUAGGAACUAAUAAAUGUGGUGAUCCUUGUUUUCGAAUAACCUAGAAUCUGUUCCUCCCCUUGCAGGGUUUUUUGGUUGGUUCGUUUGGUGGGGGGAGUGAUGUUUUAAUGAGGCAGGAGUGCAUGGAAGAAAGAAGACACCUCUUGGAAUGGAUCCACUUGAAGUGAAGGUACCCAGUUAGGGACACCGGUUUGAGAAUUAAGACAUCAGUUCCUCACUAAGCUGUCGGGGAAGUGCUAGGCUUUGUUGCUGGGGGCGGAAGUGAGGGUACAGAUAAAGAUUUCACUGGCUUCUUAGAACUGAAGAAUAUAUGUUGGACUGGCUUGCCCACUCAGGUGAGUGGGAAAAAAAAGCAGUGAGUGGUGAGAGGCUUCAUAAGAUAUUUAAGGAGAGAGACCCCUCAGCUCAACCAUGUGUUGAAGGAGUUUGGUAAUGAAAGAACUUUCAAGGAGACAGCUAUGGUUCCAAACCUUGUUUAAGGGACUGUCCAGGUCUCUCAGAUUGGGGCCUUGAGGCCCCUGCAGCAAGCCCUGUUUGGAAGGUUCCUUGUCCUUCCUGUCUCUUUAGCAAAAAUGCCAAGUAGCUCUGUAAAGGACCUUCUCAAUGGUGAGGUCUGGUGUAGCCCAGAUCCCACCCCUUGAUGUCACCUUCCUCUAGAGGUUCUCUCACCUAGGUUUCUACUGCUGCCAACAGGAGUGUUUCCUUCUGGAAUAACCUCAGGGUGGUGUGUAGGUUUUGUUUUAAUAAGGGGAAUGGCAUCCCUUAUUCAUUUCUUUCCCACCCAUUUGCCUCAGCACCCUUGUGCUCUAAACAGGUGAGGGAAGUUUGCACAGGUAUAUACAUACAUACACUAUUUGUAUUAUGUUGACAAGGCUUAUAUCUUUCUUAUUUUUUACAUUAUAAGUUAAUUAGGGGCAAAGGGUCAUGCUUUUUAUGCAACAUUCACUCACCAAAUAUACUGAACACUGUGCUCUGUGGAGGAUGUAAAGACAUUACCAGAUAAGGUCCUUGUCCUAAGUGCCUUCCAGUCCAGCCACCAGGAAAAAGGAAACCUGACAAGGCUGAAUCUGGCAAUGCCAGAAGGGGCAGCCUUCUAAGGCUGUAAUGGCCAAGGAAGGGUUAAUGAAGGAGGAGAGACUUGAUCUGGGCCUUCUUGCAAAAUAGGUAAACGCUGGUGGGAGAAUGAUGUAAUCAGUGGUGUGAAGGCAGGAAAGAGAGGGUAUGGGUUUGGGGAGACACCAAGUUGGUGUCUUGAGCAGUGAUGAUACCCACUGGAAGGGAGUGGCAAGUGAUAAUGAGGAUGGACCCAUCCCAUGAGGGCUGGAAUGCCACCAUUAUUGUCAGAACACAGCGUGGCAAGGUGCAGAACUCAAGUUAUUAUGAGGAUGGACCCAGCUCACGAGGGCUAGAAUGCCACAGUUAUUGUCAAAACACAGCACGGCAAGGUGCAGAACUCAAGCUGUCUUAAUUAAAUGGGAUUUAUUGGUUUUCAUUACUGAGAAGUUCACAGUAGUCCAGGAACUUGGCUGCAUCCAGGAACUCCAACGGUGGUACGAUUUCUCUGUUUCCGCUUGGCUUGCCCUCUCAGGCUCUCUCUCCCCAGAAGUGGUGAAGAUGGCCACCAGCAGCCCCAGGCUCACAGAAUCUCUUUAUUUAAGGUGCUGCCCAGCUUAGAUCCUGCCCCUUUCCCUGAACUGUGGCCGAGGACUUGGAGCUUCAUCCUGUGGCCCAGGACUAGGAUGGGACAUUGCCGUUGAAGAUUUCAGAGAUGAUACCACUGAUGGAGUCCCUGGGUGGCACACAUGGUUAAGCAUUAGACUACUAGCCAAAGGGUGGCGAUUCAAACCCACCCAGAGGCGCCUCAGAGGACAAGCCUGGUGACCUGCUUCUUAAGGGUCACAGCCUUGAAAACCCUCUGGAGCAGUUCUGCCCUGCACGCCUGGGGUCACCAUGAAUUGGAAUUGAUUCAAUGGCAACUAACAACAAUCACACAACCACUGAUGGCGGUUGGGAUAUGUAAGCGUGAGGGCAGGCCUGCACCAAGCAGAGAUCCUCGUUGGAAGGAGACUACACGAUGGAGCUAAGUCCUCCAUGAAUUCCGCACCCCCCGCCCCCGCCCCUCGUUUGCCGUGAUAAUAAGUCAUGAGGCCACUGACCAGCUCUGCUUCUUUGCAGAAGUUCUGUGUAUCCUGUCUUUGAACAGAGCUGGACCCUGAAAUCAGACUCAUCCACUCUCAAGGAGUAAGGAAAAACUGAGCCUUGAAUACACUGGCCUUGAUGGGAGGCAUUGUUUCUCCUGCUUCUCUCCUGCCUGUGUCCCCUCCUGCUCCGUCCCAGUGCCCAUCCAGGUUCUGUCAUUCCUGACCUUUUCCACUCUGAGCUCAACACUUCACUUGAGUAAUGUUUGCAUACAUCCUAGCUGCUCGUCCCCUGAUUCCAGUCCCACCCCCAUAUCUCCAACCUGAAGUCAACCCCAUAGGGUGGGAAGGGAGUGGGCAGCAGCGGACAAGCAGAAGGCAGUGAGGCUGAUGCCAGGUACUAUCAUUCAGGUACAUUUUUAAACACUUAUAAAAUUAACCAUUUUAACUAUUUUAAAGUGUUCAGUGGCAUUAAUUACCUUAACCAAGCUGUACCACUUUUGCCCCUAUCUACGUCCAAAAGUUUUUCAUCACCCCCAACAGAAACUCUGUAGGUACUACACACUGCCCUCUUCCCCCCAGCCCCUUGGUAACCUAUGAUCUACUUCCUGUCUCUAUGAAUUUGCCUAUUACAGAUAUUUCAUAUAAGUGGAUUCCUACAAUAUUUGUCCUUCUGUGUCUGGUUUAUUUCACUCAGCAUAAUGUGUUCAAGAUUCAUCCACAUUGUAGCAUGGAUCAGAGCUCCAUUCCUUUUUAUGGCUGUAUAAUAUUCCGUGGUGUGUGUAUACCACAUCUUCUUUAUCCAGUCAUCUGUUGAUGGAUGCUUGGGUUUUUCCACCUUUUGGCUAUUGUGAAUAAUGCUGCUAUGAACACUGGUGUACAGGUGUCUGCCUUCCAUUCCUUUAAGUAUAUACCUAGGAGUGGAUUUGCUGGAUCAUAUGGUAAUUAUGUUUAACUUUGAGGAACCUCCAAACUGUUUUCCAUAGCAGCUGCACAUUUGGGCGUAAUUUUGCAUUGAUUCAUCAGAACUCCUAAAAUUUCUUCUGUGAAACAAAUAUCUUAACACAUGUUCAGUAUCAAUCAAAUAUUAUCUCUAUGGUGAGUUCUUCCCCAACCUUGGAACUCUCUGCUUCAGAAAGAUGUUAAGAAAUUGGAAAGGGUCCAGGUGAGCAUUCCAGGCAGAUGAGAGGGUUGGGAGAUUGGUUCUUAGAGAAAAGUAAACAGCUCUAGAAAAAGGAAUGGAAUGACAGUCUUACUAGCCACUAACUCGAUGUUUGACCUUGAAAAGGCACUUCUCUCUGGGGCUCGGUUUCCUCCUCUGUUGUACAUGAGGGGCUGAACGGGAUGUCUUUAAAGUUUCCGAACUCCCCUGACUCCCUGAGAAGAGUGCACCCUCCGCAUCCACCAGGAUGGGUCAAGAAGGAAUUAAUUUUAAUCUAUUUUAAGAAGCUUUUGAAAAACAUUUUGUUUUGAAAAAUAUUUUAUACCUACAGAAAAUGAAAUAGGACAACAAAUUCCCAUAUACUUUUUAGCCAGAUUCAUCAAAUGUUAACUUUUUUGCCACCUUGUUUUUUUUUAUAAUUUUUGUUGUGCUUUAAGUGAAAGUUAUCGAGUCAGUCUCUCCCACAAAAACCCAUAUACACCUUGCUACACACUCCCAGUUACUCUCCCCCUAAUGAGACAGCCUGCUCUCUCCCUCUACUCUCUCUUUUCAUGUCCAUUUCACCAGCUUCUAACCCCCUCCACCCUCUCAUGUCCCCUCCAGGCAGGAGAUGCCAACAUAGUCUCAAGUGUCCACCUGAUCCAAGAAGCUCACUCCUUACCAGCAUCCCUCUCCAACCCAUUGUCCAAUCCAAUCCAUGUCUGAAGAGUUGGCUUCAGGAGUGGUUCCUGUCCUGGGGCAACAGAAGGUCUGGGGGCCAUGAACACUGGGGUCCUUCUAGUCUCAGUCAGACCAUUAAGCCUGGUCCUAUGAGAAUUUGGGGUCUGCACCCCACUGCUCUCCUGCUUCCUGAGGGUUUCUCCGUUGUGUUCCCUGUCAGGGCAGUCAUCGGCUGUAGCCAGGCACCAUCUAGUUCUUCUGGUCUCAGGAUGAUGUAGUCUCUGGUUCAUGUGGCACUUUCUGUCUCUUGGGCUCGUAAUUGCCUUGUGUCCUUGCCACCUUUAUUUUUAUUGAUAUAAUUCACACACCUUAAAACCCAUCUUGUAAAGUGUACAAAUCAGUGGUUUUAGGAUAUUCACAACCAUCACCACUAUCUAGUUCCAGAACAUCUUCAUCACCCCAGAAAGAAACCCGUUCACAUCAGUGUCACCCCCCGUUCCCACCUCCACCAGGCCCUGGCAACCACUCAUCUGUUUUUCUCUCUGUGUGGAUAUGCCUAUUCUGGAGAUUUUGUAUAAAUGGAAUAUACGGCCUUUUGUGCCUGGCUUCUUUUGCUUAGUGUGAUGUUUUCAAGGCUCAUCCAUGUUGUAGCAUGUAUCAAUAUUCCCUUUAUAGCUGAAUAAUGCUCCAUUGAAUGGAUAUGCCACGUUUUGUUUAUCCACUCCUCAGUUGAUAGACAUUUGGGUUGUUUCCACUUUUUGGCUAUUAGGAAUAACGCUGCUAAUUAACAUUCAUGUACAAGUUUUUGUGUGGACAUGUUUUCAUCUCUCUUGUGUGAUGUAGGAGUGGAAUUGCUGGACCUUAUGGUAACUAAUGAUUUGAAGAACUACCAGCCUGUGUUCCAAAGUGGCUGCCCUGUUUUACAUUCCUGCCCGUAGCGUACGAAGGUUUCAAUUUCUCCACAUUCUUGCCAACACUUAUUAUUUAUCCUUCUUUUUUGUUCUAGCCAUCCUAGUGAGGGUGAAGUGGUAUCUCACUGUGGUUGCAAUCUGUGUUUCACUAUAAUUAUUCAUGUGCAUAUUUUGUGUGAAUAUAUGUUUCACUGGAAUUGCUGAGUCAUGUAUGUUUAACAUAUAUGUAAGCAUAUGCUUACAUUAUUAAGAAACUGCCAAAUUAUUUUAUUUCCCACACUUUGCUGCAUUCCUAAGAGUUUCAGUUGCUCUGCAUCCUCAUCAGCACUUGGUAUUGUUGGUAUUCUUUAUUUUAGCCAUUGUAAUAGAAGUAUCUCAUGCUGGUUUUAAUUUGCUAGUGAUGUUAAGUAACUUUUCAUGUGUUUAUUGCCAUCCAUAUGUCUUCGUUCAUGAAGCAUAUGUUCAAAUAUUUUGCCCAUUUUUUAAUUGUGUUGCUGAAUUUUUGUAUUCUGGAUACAAGUCGUUUAUCAGUUAUGUGACUGUAAGUAUUUUCUUCCAAUCUGUACCUUAAAUUUCCAUUCUCUUAAGUCAUUCACAGAGCAAAAGUUUUUAAUUUUGGUGAAGUCCAAUUUAUUGGUUUUGUCUUUAUGAGUCAAGCUUUUGGUGCUGUAGCUAAGAACUCUUUGCCUACCCCAAGAUCACAAAGAUUUCUUAUGUAUUCUCUUAAAACUUUUAUGGUUGUAUGUUUUACAUUUAAGUCUAAGUUCCAUUCUGAGUUAAUUUUUGUGUAAGGUGUGAAAUAUAGGUGAAAGUUAAUUUUUUUUACACAUAGAUGUUCAGUUGUCCAUUUGAACAUGUUGUUAGGUACAUGGAGUUGGUUCGACUCAUAGCAACCUUGUGUACAACAGAAGCAAACACUGCCUGGUGCUGUGCUAUUCCCACAAUCAUUGUUAUGUCUGAGCCCAUUGUUGCAGCCACUGUGUCAAUCCAUCCCGUUGAGGGUCUUCCUCUUUUUUGCUGACCCUCUACCAAGCAUGACAUCCUCCUCCAGGGACUGGUCUUCCUGAUAACAUGUCCAAAUUAUUCCUUCUGAUUUGACCAACUUGGGAUUGAUUCCAUCCCCGAAUGAGUGUUGUGGCCAGAAGGAGUCAAUGCCCUGAUUGGCUAAGAAUGGGGUCACUUGUCCACCCCUGAUGAUGGGAAUAGAACUACAUGGAUGAGAGGAAGGAGGGGUGGUACCAUGAAAGGGAAAUCAAAGUACUUUCACUAAAAGAAGGGAGAAUGGUUUCUGAGCAGCUGACAUAACAAAUGUCUCCCAGUUACGGCGAGGACACUGGGCUCUUGAAGCCGCCCCUGAUACCCUAAGCUUUUCCUUGUCUUGCAGAGUUGGGCUCCCCUCCUUGAUGCUCCUGAUAGAGCCUUGUCUUCAACUUCUACAAGCACUUCCAUCAUAUUGGGUUGUCAUUGUUUGUUUUCAUGUCUGUCUCCUCAAAUUAUCCUCUUCAUUCAUCUUUGUAUGCCCAGCUGAUCUCCAGAGUGUCUUCUCUGAGCUAGUAAAAAAAAAAAAAAGGAAAUAAAGUAGCUAUCAAAAUAAUGAAAAACCAUACUAGAUAUAUACCAAAAAAAAAAAAAAAAUGCAGUGGAAAUUCCAUGAAGGGAAGGAUUAAGUGGAUCAGGAAGCUAUUCCACAGUCUCUGAGAGCUCUGAGAAAUAAAAGGAGUAGCACACAGAGGCCAAAGUAUCCCCUUUAUUAUUGAUAGAGAGGCUGGCUCGGAAGACAUGGCUUUAGGUCUGUUAGCUAAGUGGGCUGCUGAUAGAAAUCCCAUGAGGCAGACUAACAAACGCAGUCAUGGCAGCACUAGACGAGGCCUCCCUUGUCACCCUGCAGGGGUAGACUGGAGAGGGCGAGUGUGUAGUGCCCCCAGCACUGUCCAGGUAGAGAGAACCCAGGAUCUAAUGCCCAAUACCAGUUACCUGGACAGGGGUACUCUGUUGUGUUCGAUGACAGAGCCUGUUUCAGACUGUUGGGUUCUCUGGGAAGCAGACUUUGAGAUGGAGUUCAACAUGGAGGAAGCAUACUGGGGGUGCUCUAAGGUUUAACACCCAUGGGGAAGGGAAGGAAGCAGAAUUGGUCAGAGUGAGAGAGUUGGGCUGAAAGUAGUCUCAGCAAAAGCCUCAGCUGACCCCACAGAGAGUUCUGAAGCUGGGAUGGCUGUUAGAGCUUUCUGGAAGUGGGGUGAGGUGGCCAGGUCUUUAUAUCCCAGCUUCAGUCAGUCAUUGGAUGCAUGCUACCCCAGAGAAGGGUGUAUGACCUUCAGUGGGGAAGUUCUCUUCAGCUGAGGACAAUCCCUGAAGGGGGCUGUUAACCAGCAAUAGCCUCAGGUCGCUGUGAGUUGGAAUUGACUCAAUGGCAAGGGAUUUGGGUUAAAUUAGGGGCAGAAUUUCUUCAGUCAUGAAGUGGGAUCUGGCUGGUGUAUCACGGUGUCUGCUACCCCGUGUGCCACUCAGAUCCACGUCUUGGAUAAGUUCUGGGAACAGCUCUUCUAUUUCUGGGGGAAACUGAUGGUGGGAUGAACCAAAACCUCCACCACUGUAGCUGGUCUUGAGGUCUCAACUGACACUCAUCAUCUACCUCCUCUGCUAUCUACUUUAUGUUCUCCUCACGCCCAGCAAGCACCUCUGCUGAGCCCCUGGUUACAAUGCCUUUUCAGGUCGUGGCUGCUGCACUUGUCUAUUUACCAUCAUAAUUUGGCAAGGGCCUAUGAAGGGACACCCAGCUUGAACUGCUGGGUGCCAACCAUUCCUUUUCACUCCCCUUGUAUAACUGCAGCCCUGCCUUUUCCUGAUGAUCAGGGUCAGUUACCCUUGCCAGGAUGGUGACACUUGUUUCUUGCCUGCUGAUCCCUUGGCACAAUGAGAUCAAAGUUCCUGGGUGGUAGCUGUGAAGUUUAAUGGGUCUUUGGAUGUAUCCAAUGAUGGAAGCACUUCCUCUUUGGGAACCAGCACUUUAAAACUCUCAAAGCUCAGAGCUGUGGUGACAGAAAUACCUCCAGGGGACCACUGGGAGUGAUCAUAAGUGGAGCCACUCCUACUUCCACCCUUUGGUCCAGGACCUAUGUAUUCCUUCCGUUGGGACACAGCACCACAUUGGUUGUUGAUACACUGUGUAGUGUGUCCUGGGAGGUGGAACCCCAUCCUUGUUGUUGUCUGGUGCUGUCGAGUUGAUGCUGACACACAGCUACCCUACAUACAACAGAACGAAACACUGCCCGGCCCUGUGCCAUCCUCACAAUGGUUGUUAUGCUUAAGCCAAUUGUUGUAGCCACUGUGUCAGUCCAUCUCAUUGAGGGUCUUCCUCUUUUUCACUGACCCUCUACUUUACCAAGCAUAAAGUCCUUCUCCAGGGACUGGUCCCUCCUGAUAAUAUGUGCAAAAUAUGUGAGACCAAGUCUCACUUGUGCCAGUUGUCGCAGGAAAUGCCCAUCGCUCGGUGCUGGUUGGGAAAGGAUCUAAGUCUUUCCAUCCUUGCUUCUAAGGGGCAUUCUGGCUGUACUUCUUACAAGACAAAUUUGUUUGUGCUUCUGGCAGUCCAAGGUAUGUCUAUUCAGUAUUCUUUUCUAACACCAUAAUUCAAAGGCAUCAAUUUAUCUUCCUUAUUCACUGACCAGCUUUCGCAUGUAGCCCCAUCCUUACUUGGUAUCAUCUCUGUGCUAGCACUUCAAUUAUGCCUUCAACAGGCCAUUCCCUCAAACAGUGAUGCUGCCUGAAGCCCUGUGGGCAGAAAAGGCAAAUGAUACCCAGAAUGUGUCAAUUAGUUAAAAUAAUUGCUGCCAUUUCCAGGGUGGGAGGACUCUAAUGUAGUCAAUUUGCCAUCAAGUGGCUGGUGGUUCUCUUUGAGGGACGGUGCCAUUUUGGGCGCUCAGUGUUCACUCCACUCCGGCAGCCUCCACAUUCAGCAGUGGCAGUAGCUACAUCAGCCUUGGUGAGUGGGAGCCCGUGCUGCUGCACCAGGUGCUGCCCCCAGAGCUACUCCAUUCAUAUGCCCACAGUGCCAGUAUUGGGGUGGCCAAUAGCAUAUGGCUGACAUUGAGUUAUUCUGCUUGGUUGUUUAGUGCCUCUCUCAUGGUAGAUGCUCUCUGGUGGGGAUUAACAUAUGAUACAAAGAUUUUCACACUUCUUGUCCUCUCACAUAGUUCCAUCCACAUCUCUAUCCCAGACCACCUUGUCCUUGAUCUGCUAAUCUUUCUAAUCCUCUGGUCAACCAGCCAAGCCAAUUCUAGUGCUCAAAGGGCCAUGUAUGUUCUAAUCCUGGGCUAUAUUUCUUUCCACACAAAGUGAUCAGGUGCAUAACCAAGAGAAUUUAUCCAAUGGGAGGAUUUCUCUCACCAGUCUUUUAAGAGCAUCCCUGGAUGGGGCUAGAGUACAGCUGUACUUCACUUUUGGCUUGUACCUACAUACCAAUUUGAUCCAUCUGUGAAUCAAGCUUUGCCUUUUUUCCUCCUUCGUCAGCUGGUCAUAAGGGUCCCACCUUCCAUCAGCCAUAGGUGUGAGCUGAGGGAGAAGCAUUGGUGCCAACAAAAAGCAGAUGACAUGGGUGUCUAGGUCACCUGUUUGUAUAGCUUACUUGUACUCUCUGCCUUGCUCAUGCCCAGUUCUGGAUGUACCACUUUCAUCUUACUAUGGAUUGUUGCUAGGUCCACUCCACUUUAUGUCUUGGUGGGUCCGACAGGUACCCCACCCAGUGCCAUCGAGUCACAGGUAGAACUUAAUUUAUAACGGUUCUAGAUACAUGGUCAUUUGAUGUCCCUUGGUCAAGUCUUAGUGCUCAAAUUGGGAGAAUUUAUAAAUUUAGGAACUGUGGAUCAGACAUAUUUAUGUAAAAGAAAAGCAAAGAGGAUUGGGAUAGGAUUUGGGAUAAGUGAGGAAUAAAGCAGGUAAGUAAAAAUAAACAAGAGACCACACAGCUCUGGAGAUGCAGAGUAAUUAAUUACCGAGAUUUUUGCGUUGAGUCCUCCAAGAAGCAGAUGCCCAGACAGCAAGAGAUGUGUUGGGAAAAGGCCUGUGAGGGAAACUGGGGAGGGAGCCAGAGUAGCCUGGGGGAGCUACAAUGUAGAUCUAACCCUGUGGAAGAAGGAGGGAGGGAGGAAGGUUGGGUUGGAGAAGUUUUGGGGUACAGUUCAGUUCUAAGAAAGCUUCAGCAGUUGAUGGGAGUGCCUGAGCCAGGCACCUUGUCAGAGGAGCCCCUCAUCUCCCAGGAAUGGGCCUGCCUUAGUAUCCUUGCUGCUCAGCAACUCGGUGGAACAGCCCAAGGGAAGCUGGUCUCAACGCAAAUGUGGGACCCGGAUUUCAGAGCUCAGUAGCUGCAGGCCUUGGACUAAUUAUGCUCCCUGCGGUCAGAUUUGAGAGGUGUAUUCUCAUGGCCCUUACAGUUCCCAGUGACAUUUCGGCCUGUAAAUUUUAAGUUUCUUGAGAUAUUUUUAUACCUUUCAAAUUCUGUUCCCUAUUUAAGCUUAAACUACUUUGGGUGGAUUCUAAGUAUUUGCAACAACAACAAAAAGAGAACCAAAACUACAAUGAGAUUCCAUCUCACUCCAACAAGGCUGGCAUUAAUCCAAAAAACACAAAAUAAUAAAUGUUGGAGAGGCUGUGGAGAGACUUGAACACUUAUACACUGCUGGUGGGAAUGUAAAACAGUUACAACCACUUCGGAAAUCAAUUUGGCGCCUCCUUAAAAAGCUAGAAAUAGAGCUACCAUAUGAUCCAGCACUCCCACUCCUUGGAAUAUAUCCUAGAGAAAUAAGAGCCUUUACACGAAUAGAUAUAUGCACGACCAUGUUUAUUGCAGCACUGUUUACAAUAGCAAAAAGAUGGAAGCAACCAAGGUGCCCAUCAACGGAUGAAUGGAUAAAUAAUGGUAUAUUCGCACAAUGGAAUACUAUGCAUCGAUAAAGAACAAUGAUGAAUCCGUGAAACAUUUCAUAACAUGGAGGAAUCUGGAAGGUAUUAUGCUGAGUGAAAUUAGUCAGUUGCAAAAGGACAAAUAUUAUAUGAGACCACUAUUACAAGAACUCAAAAAAAGUUUAAACAGAGAAGAAAAUAUUCUUUGAUGGUUAUGAGAAGGGGGAGGGAGAAAGGGAGAGGGGUCUUCACUAAUUAGAUAGUAGAUAAGAACUAUUUUAGGUGGAGCGAAAGACAACACACAGUACAGGAGAGGUCAGCACAACUAGACUAAACUAAAAGCAGUUUCCUGAAUGAACUGAACACCUCGAAGGCCAGCAUGGCAGGGGCGGGGGUUUGGGGACCGUGGUGUCAGGGGACAUCUAAGUCAGCUGGCAUAAUAAAAUCUAUUAACAGAACAUUCUGCAUUCCACUUUGGAGAGUGACGUCUGGGGUCUUAAACAGUAGCAGGCAGCCAUCUAAGAUGCAUCAAUUGGUCUCAACCCACCUGGAGCAAAGGAGAAUGAAGAACAUCAAAGACACAAGGUAAUUAUGAACCCAAGAGACAGAAAGGGCCACAUAAACCAGAGACUACAUCAGCCUGAGACCAGAACUAGAUGGUGCCCGCUACCACUGAUGACUGCCCUGACAGGGAACACAACAGAGAACCCCUCAGGGAGCAGGAGAGCAGUGGGACGCAGACCUCAAAUUCUUGUAAAAAGACCAGACUUAGUGGCCUGACUGAGACUAGAAGGACCCCAGAGGUCAUGGUCCCCAGACCUUCUGUUAGCCCAAGACAGGAACCAUUCCCAAAGGCAACUCUUCAGACAGGGAUUGGACUGGACUAUGGGAAAGAAAGUGUUAUGGUGAAGAGUGAGCUUCUUGGCUCAAGUGGACAUAUGAGACUACGUGGCCAGCUCCUAUCUGGAGAAGAGAUUGAGAGGGCAGAGGGGGACAGAAGCUGGGCGAAUGGACACGAAAAUAGAGAGCGGAGGGAAGGAGUGUGGUGUCUCAUUAGAGGAAGAGCAACUAAGAGUAUAUAGCAAUGUGUAUAUAAGUUUUUGUAUGAGAGACUGACUUGGUUUGUAAACUUUCACUUAAAGCACAAUAAAAAUAAAAAAAGAGAACCUUGAUUGAAGUAAUAAUGUGGGGGUUAUAAUUUCAAUUUUCUUUCUAUCUAAAGGAGGGAGAGAUGAGGCAAUAAUAAUUAGAGUAAUUAUCUCUUCUAACCUGCAUAGGGUUCUACUUAUUGCGAUGUACUUUCAAAAUCUCAGCUGAGCCCCUUUACAACCCCUGAACAUUGGCAGGGCUGGCAUCAUCAUCUGUAUUUUUACGUAUGAGAAAGCUAAGUUUCAGAGGCAAUAUAAAUUACUCUGAAUUGGAAAAGGAAACUGAAAAUACAGGAUGGAUGAAAAUAAACAUAUUAAUAUUAGCCUUCACCAAUGAAAAUUACCACCCAUCUGUCAGUUUAUUGUACUGUGGUGGUUUGCAUGUUGCUAUCAUGCUGGAAGCUAUGCCACCGGUAUUUCGAAUACCAGGAGGGUCACCUAUUGUGGACAAGGUUCAGUGGAGCUUCCAGUCUAAGACUAGGAAGUAAGACCUGGUGAUCUACUUCUGAAAAUUAGCCAGUGAAAACCUUAUGGGUCACAUCAAAAUACUGUCAGAUAAUAGUGCUGGGUUGGAAGGCACUUAAAAUACGCGGUGGCCACAACAACAGACUCAAGCAUACCAAUGAUUGUGAAGAUGGUGCAGGACCGGGCAACUUUUCGUUCUAUUGUACGUGGGGUCACCAUGAGUUGGAAGCAACUCGAUGGCAACUAACAACAACAAAGUGAUACAAAACUGAUGAGAUGUGAUUUCGUGUGUGUGACACAGAAGUAUGAUGGGGAAUCAAAAGCUAUGCUAUAAAUGUAUUUCAUUACGAUAAAAUUCUACGAGAAAGUAGAAUGGAAAUACUAGAUCGAGGAAAAAAUUGUAAGAUUUCCAAUUCAUAAAACAAAGAGCCUGUUUAUUUGUUUUUAAUGGGUAAUCAAAAAAAAAAAAAAAACCGUUGCUGUCAAG